UGCCAAAUCGCCAACGCCAUUGCCAUAACUAUCACCGUAAACGUAAAAUUGUGGUUGUGUUUUUGAACUUGAACAUGUGAACAAAGUUUUGGACUACGCCGUCACAUUUUGAAUGCCACCGUGGUUUUGAAUUGUUGAAUGUUUCAAUUCUUUGAAUUACAGUUAUGUAGCGCUUCCUGACUUUUAGCAAAAUGAAGUUUCGCGCUCGAAUUGUAGACGUUGCCUGCAUUCAGCAGUUCGUCAAGGUAGUGACAACCAUUGCCAAAUUGGCCAAGGUUGUUGCCAUUCGCUUCACAUUGGAUGGAGUCUUUUUCAUAGUCAACGAUGACGUAGUUGGAGGAGGAGGAGGCGUGUGGGCUGAAGUUCCUCAGGAAUCAAUCUUUCAAGAGUUUAAUAUGGUGGGGGUUUCUGAAGAGUUCAAUGAGAUCUACCUUGAGGUCGUUAUCAAUAACUUGGCAAGUGUUUUAAAGUCGACGGACCAGGCAAAGGCUGUCAAGAUGAAGCUAACAAAGAAGCAGACGCCUUGUCUCACUUUCGAAAUUGAACUGGCACCCCUGACUGCUAAUGCCCGCACAGUCAUGCAUGACGUGCCAGUAAGAGUUAUCCCACGUAGAAUGUGGGCAAACUACGUGGAGCCGUCGGUUGGGGAUUUCAGCAUUGAGGUAAUCUUACCUUCUCUAAGAGUCCUCAAGCACAUUGUGGACAAGAUGAAAAAUCUCAGUACUUGUGCGGUCAUGUCCGUCUCUCGUCAUGGUGAAAUGACCUUGUCUGCUGAAGGUGACUUAGUAACUGUUACAACACACUUUAAAGAUCUUCAGGUUCCCUCAGUUGGUGACACUGGAACUGCAAACGUUGACAGCUUUGAGGCAAGGGUAGAUCUAAGGAGAUUCACCACACUACUGAAUGGACAAAACCUAAAUCCCAGUCAAGUCACAUGUAAAAUAACUCACCAGAAGCUAUCUCACUUUCUUUUCUGCCAUGACAGCGGAACUUUACAGUACUUCCUGCCGUGUGUCUAUUCCUAGAAUAGACAUUUCAACCAAUUUGGGACUUUCCCACACAGAAGCUCUGCUAGUUGCCAUUACCCACAACACAGUACAGAGAUGCCCUUGCUUACCUAUCACAGUUCACAGGAAUUAAAACAUAUUUUUUCAACUUCC